UCUAUGCGAGUGCUUUGAAAUGGCGUUGCUCCAUCACAAAUGUCUGUAUUUCUGAGUUGUUUAUAGUAACAGUGCUCAUGUAGUGGUCUUUUAAUCUUUUCAAACCCUGCAAUAUACAUUUUGUGACUUAACCUACACACCUGGAUAUCAUUUGUAGGGGAAAAAGACAAUGCAGUAAGGGCUGUUUUUGAAUACUUUGCGCUGCAUAAUAAGGCCUCAUCGAUCCUCAGUCUUUCGUAAGGAUUUCAACCGAUUUCGAAUGCUUGGCCGGUGGCCUCUCUGCAGCAAUCGGACAGUUUAAAUCCCGGUGCCUAAUCAUGGCGAAUACAAUGCACCAUGUGUGACAGAAAGCAGUGGGCUAGGCACCUAUUCCAAGUGAAGUGACACACCACAGUUAACCUGUUACUGGCACUGCACUGUGCUGCUUCAGUACAAACGCCAUUUGAACCAUAUAUUUUUUUUCAGAGCUCAAUGCAACCGUAAACUAAUUCUAAUUGCAAACUAGUGUCGUGCUGCCAUAUUCACAGAGUAGAUUUAAGCCUAACUGUCAGUCAGUUUACACUCCCAGUAUGGCGUCUGUUCCAGUGUACUGCCUGUGUCGCCUGCCCUACGAUGUCACACGCUUUAUGAUCGAGUGUGACAUAUGUCAAGACUGGUUCCAUGGAAGUUGUGUUGGAGUGGAGGAAGACAAAGCAGCAGAGAUUGACCUGUACCACUGUCCCAACUGUCAGGUCACCCAUGGGCCCUCUGUCAUGAGGAAGCGGCGUGGAGGUACCAAGCAGGCUGAUGCUGGAGGAAGAGAAACUUCUGGUCGACCGGUAAAGACAGGCAGCCCACAGUUUGUCAGGGAGCUACGAAGCCGAACCUUUCCAAGUGCUGAUGAGGUAUUGUUAAAGCCGUCGGGGGCCCAGCUGACAGUGGAGUUCCUGGAGGAGCGCUCGUUCAGUGUUCCUGUCAUGGUCCUCAGGAGGGACGGCCUGGGCAUGAACCUGCCCCCGGGGAACUUCGGAGUCAACGACGUAGAGCACUACAUCGGUCCGGACAGGGAGAUUGAUGUGAUUGACGUGUCUCGCCAAGCUGACCUGAAGAUGCGCCUAGGAGACUUUGUGGAGUACUACAACAGCCCCAACAGAGACCGAGUCCUCAACGUCAUCAGCUUAGAGUUCUCUGAGACCAGGCUGUCAAAUUUGGUGGAGACUCCGAAGAUAGUGAGGAAGCUGUCGUGGGUGGAGAACCUGUGGCCUGAGGAGUCCGUGUUUGAGCGGCCCAACGUCCAGAAAUACUGCCUCAUGGGGGUCAAGGACAGCUACACAGACUUCCACAUCGACUUCGGAGGUACCUCUGUCUGGUACCAUGUACUACGGGGUGAGAAGAUCUUCUACCUGAUCUCCCCCACGCCAGCCAACCUUGCCUUGUUUGAGCGCUGGAGCUCCUCGUCCAAUCAGAACGAGAUGUUCUUCGGGGACCAGGUGGACAUGUGCUACAAGUGCUCUGUCAAACAGGGGAACACGCUCUUCAUCCCAACAGGAUGGAUCCAUGCUGUACUGACUCCUGUGGACUGCGUGGCUUUCGGAGGGAAUUUCCUACACAGUCUCAACAUUGACAUGCAGCUCCGAGCGUAUGAAAUAGAGAAGAGGUUGAGUACAGCCGACCUGUUCAGUUUCCCAAACUUUGAGACUGUGUGCUGGUAUGUUGGCAAGCACCUGCUUGACACAUUCAGAGGUCUGAGAGAGAACCGCAGACACCCUGCUACCUACCUGGUCCACGGAGCCAAAGCCCUCAACAACGCUUUCCGCACCUGGACACGCAAAGAGUCGCUGACUGACCACGAGGUGGAGAUUCCAGAGACCAUUAAGACUCAGCAGCUGGUCAAGGACCUGGCCAAGGAGAUACGACUGGUGGAGGACAUCUUCCAGCAAGGCCGUCCUGCGGCUCCUUUCACCUCUACACAGGGCUUCCCCUCGCCCCUCCCCAAAGCCUCCCCUCUAGCCGUCUCCCAGAGCCCUGGCCGCCCCCCGGGGAAGAAGAGAGGCCCCAAACCCAAGGAUGUGUCCCCCAGCCCCAAAAAGAAGGGCCAAAAGGGCUUAAUGAAAGAGGCAGGAGAGCUGGACCUCCUGGAGAUCCACACCAAACACACACUGAAGAAAUGCCAAUCUGGUAACAAGAAAAACAAGAACAAGUUUGAGCUACCCUUGGAGGAGUUCCAGGGGAAAAUGAGCAAGAGCAAACUGAAGCUGGUGCUGACCAACGGCAAAAUACAGGGGAAGAAGGGUGGUCGUUCAGGUGGCAGUAACAGUGCCGGCCGUGCACCUCACUUCCAGCACCAUGCUAUGGGAGGGUCUGCCCUGUCAGACUUUGAGUCAGAGGACGAGCUACAGAUUGACGAGACACCUCCUCCACGACGCAAGGCUGGGGGAUCCAGCAAGAAGAAACUAAUUGGUCUUCCUAGGAAGCUGCCGAGGGCUAAGCCAUGCUCUGACCCACAUCGCAUCAGAGAACCAGGAGAGGUGGACUUUGACAUUGAGGAGGACUACACCACAGAUGAGGAGGAGACCAUGACUGUCCAUGGCGUGAAGGGUGGAGCAGGGGGAAUCCUGGACCUGCUGAAAGCCAGCAAACAGGUGGCAGGGCUGGACUCUGCACUCAGUGAGGAAGCCCCAGCCUCUCCCAGCACGCGAGAUGCCAUCCAGGGCAUGCUCUCCAUGGCCAACCCUCCAUCUUCUUCCUCCUCCUCCUCUUCCUCCUCUUCCUCCCCUCGGUCUGUCUCCGGGGGGCUUUCUGAGGGCCUGGGCAUGGUCAAAGAGAAAGGAGGGCGGGCCGUGUGGGUGACAGGAGCCAAUAAGAGCAGAGGGGGAGGAGCCUCCAAAGAGAAGACAACAUUCCAACGCCCUGGGAAGCGGCCUGUCAAGCGGCCAGCCCGUCACCUUAGCGACGAGGACAGCCCAGACGAGCAGGAAACUCUGGGCACCUGUUUUAAAGACGCCGAGUAUGUCUAUCCCUCCCUAGAGUCUGAUGAGGAGGACCAUGCCAACAAGGCCAAGAUGAAGAGGAAGAAAAACUGGGACGACACUCCUUGGAGCCCCAAAGCCCGGGUAACCCCCACCCUGCCAAAACAGGAGCGCCCAGUGAGGGAGGGGGCCAGAGUGGCGUCUGUAGAGACUGGCCUUGCUGCAGCUGCUGCCAAACUGGCACAACAGGAGAUCCAGAAACCCACCAAGAGGAAGUACACCAAAAAGCCCCGCCCCGUUGCCCCACCACAGCCACCUCCUCAGGCUGAGCCGUCCCCUCCCUCCCCCCCUCUAGCCCCGGAGCCUCCCACCCCUGACUUAAGCCCUGAGCAGAGGGUGGAGUGCUACUCUGCCAGCCUACUGGACCAUGAGUACACGGCGGGCCCUGGGGGCCCCAGAGGGAGUGCGGCUAUGGCUCCUGGGGUGUUCCUCACCUCCAGACGACCCUCCCUCUCCCCCCAGAACAGCAGCACUUACUCCCCCUCUGCAGCCUCCCCCGCUGGGCUAGCUAGCCCCGGCAGCGCUGGAGCUGGUGGAGGGAAACGUCCAAAGAAAGGACUUGCAACAGCAAAACAGAGACUAGGAAAGAUUCUGAAAAUACACCGCAAUGGGAAGCUUCUCCUGUGAGAGGUGCUUCGGGGGAUAUGGACGGAUGGAGGACAGAUGGAUGUAAAUUAAAGAGGACCUGAAAGACAUGACUGCUAUAAGAGAGACUGUUUAUAUUUUUUAAUCUAUAAUUCAAUUUUUUUUCAUUUGGUAUCUUCACCUGCACCUGUCAUCCACUCAUGUUCUCACUCUAUACCCCUUUCCAGUCCUCUUAAUAAUUCAGAAUAGAUUGAAUUUAUAUUUUGUAGCGCUGAAGUAGUCAGCAUUCUGCUUUCACAUUUGGUAUUAUUCAUACUUUGAUAUAUAUACACACACACACACACUACCGUUAAACAUUUUCCCUGUUUUUGAAAGAAAAACACUUUUUUUUGUCCAUUAAAAUA